UGGUGUCCUUAGCUGGGUUGGGGGAGGGCCAGGGGUUGGCUGCUGGUUAAAUUUAGUGAGUGGGGCGGUACAGCUGCCUAAGGUCCACAUGCUAGUACAGCUGCCACUUGGACCUUGCUGCCAGGAGGCGGGCAGUGGCUAGCUCUGCCUGAGGCCAGGUCCACAGUGACCUGUGCUAUGGCCUAUGAGCUAGGAGGUCAUUGUGGCAGUAGAAACAAGGUCCAAGGUGAGAGAUGUGUUUGUGAGUAUGAAUCCCACCCAGGGCUCCUGGUGGCUUCUUUGAGCCUACAGAAGCAAAAGAGCAAGGCUACCCUUGGGUCUGACCAGCUGCCAACUGCUCAACUCAGCGGGCUGGCUCCCUGACCCUUGGUCACAUAGGCCUUGAUGCCACGAGGGCGGGCCAACUCUGAGCACAGCCUCUCAGACUCCCUUCAGAGCCUGUGGAGGUGGGGCUGUGACAGCCUAUGGUAGCUCAUUUCUUCUUUCUACCAAUCAAGAGCAAGAGGGAAGGAACGUUAAGAUUACCCUGGGCCUUGGGUGUGGCUCCAAGGACAACCCCCAGCUAAUGUGUGUUGAAAGGGCACGAGGGCAGCUCUGAGCAGCCCAGGGUGAGGUGUCUGAGGGUCUAGGGCUGGCCUGCCCCACAUCCAGCCUUCUCCCCCUCCCCCUAACAUCUUGCAGUGUUGUUUAGGGACCAAGGUCCACCAACCCCAGAGUUUCUGCAGCCACCAGGCAGUGACCACUGGCUAGUGGAACCCAGAGUGUGAACUCUCUCCCCUCCCCCAUCACCCCCCAGGAUUCCUAAGGCCUGGCCCAGUUACCAAGGAGACAGGUCUGCUGGCCUAAGCAAAGAUGGGGUUGCUGAAAAGACUAGGUCUCAGCAGUGCCUUGCUAGAUUAAAUAUCCAGUGGCCCUUGACGCCAUUGUCACCUUGGGGGUAAUGUGGUCAUCCCUUCUCAGCUCUGCCCACUCCUCAAGGACACUAGGCUUAGGUGCUGAGCCUAGGUACUCCCCUCCCCCAACACCCAGUCCGUCUGUCCUUACCCCCCAUGUGGGUCUCCUGCUCCCUGUUGUGGGCACAUUGGGCGGACACUGGGCCCUGUCCCAAGCCCCGCCUGCCACCUCACACACUCCCUCUGGCUCCCUGGGGCAGAACUGUGCCCAGACUGGGGCGGAGCCCAGGCCGUUCUAGCUUCUCAGCCCUUUCUGUCCCUUUCAGUGGGGACAGCAGGCUGCAGUAAAGAAGGUGCCCUCUACUUAGGGUCCUAUCUAGCCCUGAUCCCAUGAUCCUGGAUCCUGCUGUCUCCACUCUUACUUCUGGGCCUGCUGCCUCCUGAGCUACUUUCCUAUCUGGUCUGAGCAGUCAUGGCCCUGAGAGCAGGUGCCCAGAGUCAGGCAGCAAGGAAUGGGCUGAAGGAGAAGGUGCUGACACUGGACACCAUGAACCCAUGUGUGCAGAGAGUGGAAUAUGCAGUGCGUGGCCCUAUAGUGCUGCGUGCCUUGGAGCUGGAACAGGAGCUACGCCAGGGUGUGAAGAAACCCUUUACUGAGGUCAUCCGAGCCAACAUCGGGGAUGCACAGGCCAUGGGGCAGAGGCCCAUCACAUUUUUGCGCCAGGUCCUGGCCCUCUGCGUUUACCCGGAUCUCCUAAGCAGUCCUGACUUCCCAGAGGAUGCCAAGAGAAGGGCCCAGCGCAUACUGCAGGCAUGUGGGGGCCACAGCCUGGGGGCCUAUAGCAUCAGCUCUGGCAUCCAGCUGAUCCGCGAGGAUGUGGCACAGUACAUUAAGAGACGCGAUGGAGGGAUCCCAGCAGACCCCAACAACAUCUUCCUGUCCACCGGGGCCAGCAGUGCCAUUGUGACUGUGCUGAAGCUGCUGGUGGCUGGUGAGGGCCUCUCGCGUACGGGAGUGCUCAUCCCCAUUCCCCAGUACCCACUCUACUCUGCCACGCUGGCCGAGCUGAACGCUGUGCAGGUGGACUACUACCUCGAUGAAGACAACGUCUGGGCGCUGGAUGUGGCUGAAUUGCGGCGCGCGCUGUACCAGGCACGUGACCACUGCCGCCCGCGCGCACUUUGCGUCAUCAACCCGGGCAAUCCCACGGGGCAGGUUCAGACUCGUGAGUGCAUCGAGGCUGUGAUCCGCUUCGCCUUUGAAGAGGGGCUCUUCUUGUUGGCUGACGAGGUGUACCAGGACAACGUGUAUGCAGAGGGCUCACGCUUCCACUCGUUUAAGAAGGUGCUCACGGAAAUGGGGCCGCCGUACGCAGAGCAGCAGGAGCUUGCUUCCUUUCACUCAGUCUCCAAGGGCUACAUGGGCGAGUGUGGGUUCCGUGGCGGCUACGUGGAGGUGGUAAACAUGGACCCUGAGGUGCAGCGGCAGAUGCUGAAGUUGAUGAGUGUGCGGCUGUGUCCGCCAUUGCCAGGCCAGGCCCUGCUGGACAUGGUAGUCAACCCGCCUGCGCCCUCUGACCCCUCCUUCCAGCAAUUUCAGGCAGAGAAGCAGGAUGUGCUGGUGGAGCUGGCUGCCAAGGCCAAGCUCACUGAGCAGGUCUUCAACGAAGUUCCUGGGAUCCACUGCAACCCAGUGCAGGGUGCCAUGUAUUCCUUCCCACGUGUGCAGCUGCCUCCACGGGCAGUGCAUCGUGCUCAGGAGCUCGGCAUGGCCCCAGACAUGUUCUUCUGCAUGUGCCUUCUGGAGGAGACUGGCAUCUGUGUGGUGCCUGGGAGCGGCUUUGGGCAACGAGAAGGCACCUACCACUUCCGAAUGACCAUUCUACCCCCAAUGGAGAAGCUUCGGGUGCUACUGGAGAAGCUGAGCCGUUUCCACACUAAGUUCACCCGAGAGUACUCCUAAAACCACUACUGGAGCCAGGCUGGGACACUGUAGACUGUGCCCAGGCACCUAGAGGUCUGGAGCCCUUGGGACUUACUGCGGCCACCAUCAGGGUCUGGGCACCUGCUUCUGCAGUUCCUUAAUAAAGCUGGGUGCCAGUCUGACUCUGAAGACUGGGCACACCUGCAUGGGCAACCUUGCAUGAGGGACACUAGGCCCAUCUUUCAGGAGAAGUGGCCAAAGAGGACUUCCAGAAAGUGGGUCUGCCUGUUAGUCCUAGACACACUGCCUGCUUGGGCUGGGUCUCCAGUGGUUUCUGGUCUAUAGACAUUGAUCAUUCACAUAAAAAUUAAGGGCUGGGGAUAUAGUUCACUGAUAGGGCCCUGGGUUCAAUCCCC